UAUAUCUGAAAUCUGACAUUUAGUGGUGUAAUAUUUUUGUGCUAAAGCUCAAAAUUGUAGGUUAAACAAUUGUAUGCAAAAGAUUAAACUAAACAAUUUUAUCAUUAAAAUACGCAAUGAAUGAUUUAUUAAAUGAAGUGGUCUCACCUGAAGAUUUGCAGAAAUUCGAAAAUAUCUACCAUCAGCAACUAUACAAAAAUGAUGUUACACCCAAAGCCCAAUUCGAAUAUGCUUGGUGUUUAGUCAGAAGUAAAUAUCCUGUAGAUAUUAAAAAAGGUCUAGUGCUUUUGCAAGAGCUUUUUACAACUCAUGAAGAAGGAAAGAGGGAUUAUCUGUUCUAUCUAGCUCUUGGAAAUGCUAGAUUAAAACAGUAUAGACAAGCAUUAAAUUUCCUGAAUGCCUUCCUUAAUAUUGAACCAAACAAUUCUCAAGUGAUAGGUUUAAAAAAUGUCAUUGAAAAGAAAAUGACACAGGAGGGAUUAAAAGGUAUAGCAAUCACAGGAGGUGCAAUCGUUGCACUGGGAGCUGUAGUUAGUUUAGGUAUUUCACUACUUGGGGCAGCAAAAAAAUAACUGUAGACUGUUGUCAAGGAACUGUAACACUACCUAAAAUGUAAUAAUAAAUUUAAUAAUUUAUUCUAUCGCUUUAGUAUUUGUUCUGCUUAAUGCAUUUGUAGGUUUACUUCAGUAUGUCCUCUGAAUGUGACUAGUUCUAUCAAUAAGAAUUGUAAAUUUCUUAUAUAAAUUAAAUAUAAUAAAUUUAUAUUUUAUUUAA